AGCAACAAAAAAACCGAGGAAAGAAAAACAAAAUGUUCUAUAAUUUCCUCUUUUCUCUUUCUUUCUUCCGUUAAUCUUCACCAAUCCUUCCUUCCCCACUCCUCCAGCCAUGGCUUAACCCAACCCACAUGAAACCAUAUUGAUACCCAAAAGAACCCACUCCUCUUGUUCUCCAAAAAGUACAAGAGGACUCUUUUCUAUUCUACUCUUCUUCUUUUUCUCUUGUUUUCCUGUUUGCCAAAAGAAUUACCAAUCUUCUCUCCAAGCCAUGUCCAUUAGACUUCACCUCCUCUUCCUCUGUCUUCUCCUCGCUACCAUCGCCGCUGCUGCCGACUCCCAGGGCUACACCCCCUCGGAUUCAUUUCUCGUAAACUGUGGCUCAUCGUCCGACGCCGCUGACGCCGAUGGCCGGAAAUGGUCGGCGGACGACACCUCCAAGUUUGGCGUCUCCACGAAGAACUCAGCCACGGCGACCGCCGCCUCGCAAGACCCGUCGCUCCCCUCGGCGGUCCCGUACAUGACGGCGAGGGUCUUCACGUCGGAAUCCACCUACAAAUUCUCCGUCAACAAGACAGCCCGCCAUUGGAUCCGCCUCCAUUUCUAUCCCUCCACCUACAACGGUCUCGCCCCCGAGAAUUCCUAUUUUGCGGUCUCCGCUUCGGGCGGCGUCACCCUCCUUCGCAACUUCAGUGCCUACAUCACCACCAAGGCAUUGACACAAGCCUACCUUGUUAAAGAAUUCUCCAUCAUGCCGUCCUCCGAUGGCUCGAUAAGCCUCACCUUCACGCCAUCAGACAAGUAUGACGGCUCCUAUGCUUUCAUCAACGGAAUUGAGAUCAUUUCCAUGCCUGAAAUCUUCAGUCAGCCGGCGAAAACGGUCGGAUACUCUGAUCGGUCCACGGACGUUGGAAGCUCGGCACUGCAGACAGUGUAUCGUCUCAAUGUCGGCGGAGGGUAUAUUCCGGCAACCAAUGACUCAGGUCUCAGCCGAACUUGGUACGAUGACUCCCCAUACAUCUAUGGCUCUGGCUUUGGUGUCACCUUCUCAGCUGGUGACAAGCUCAAGAUCAAGUAUUCAGACAGCACACCGCAGUAUAUGGCUCCGGUAGACGUCUACCGGACGGCGAGAUCGAUGGGCCCGGACAAUUCAGUUAACAUGAACUACAACCUCACUUGGAUCCUCCAAGUUGAUGGCAACUUCACUUACAUGGUGAGGCUCCAUUUCUGCGAGCUCCAGAUGAGCAAAGUCAAUCAGAGGGUGUUCGACAUCUUCGUCGACAACCAGACGGCGGAGGCCUCCGUUGAUGUCAUUGCGUGGACCUCCAAGAAGGGUGUGCCGGUGUACAAGGACUAUGUGGUGUUUAUGACCGACGGCGCUGGUGAUGAGGAGCUAUGGGUGGCUUUGCACCCCUCUGCAUCGGCGCAGCCUGAGUACUAUGAUUCCAUCCUGAAUGGUUUGGAGGUCUUCAAAGUGAAUGACACCACUGGGAACUUGGCAGGACCGAAUCCCGACCCCUCUGUGAUGCUCACCGCAGCCGAAAUGGAUCCUAAACAGAAGGGGUUUUCCUCCAAAUCCAGCAAUCAGGCAAAAAUUAUCGGCGAGGCAGCCGGCGGGGCCGCUGCGGUGGGAUUGGUCUUCGCCAUCUGCUUUGCAGUGUAUCAGCGCAAGAAGGAGGAGGUUGGGAAAGAGUCCAGUGGGGGAUCAGCAUGGUUGCCACUCUAUGGAGGGAAUUCGCAUACGUCGGCGAGCAAGUCGACGAUCUCCGGAAAGAGCACUGCGAGCAACCAUGUGUCAGCCUUGGCUUCAAAUCUUUGCAGGCAUUUCUCCUUUGCUGAGAUCAAACAUGCAACGAAGAACUUCGAUGAGUCACUUGUGAUUGGAGUUGGUGGCUUCGGCAAGGUCUACAGAGGAACUAUGGAUGGAGGGCUCAAGGUGGCUAUCAAGAGAUCGAACCCUUCUUCAGAGCAGGGCGUUCACGAGUUCCGGACCGAGAUCGAGAUGCUUUCGAAGCUCCGGCACCGGCAUUUGGUCUCGUUAAUCGGUUUCUGCGAAGAGAAUGGUGAGAUGAUCUUGGUUUAUGAUUACAUGGCUCAUGGGACUCUAAGGGAGCAUCUAUAUAAGAGCAACACGCCUCCUCUGCCAUGGAAGCAGCGGCUGGAAAUUUGCAUCGGAGCAGCAAAGGGACUUCACUACCUUCACACUGGUGCCAAGCAUACCAUAAUUCACAGGGAUGUGAAGACCACCAACAUUCUCCUGGAUGAGAAAUGGGUUGCGAAAGUUUCAGACUUCGGAUUGUCGAAGACCGGGCCGAUGAUGAAUCAAACCCAUGUCAGCACAAUGGUGAAGGGAAGUUUUGGUUAUUUAGAUCCAGAGUACUUCAGGAGGCAGCAACUGACUGAAAAAUCUGAUGUCUACUCCUUUGGAGUGGUUCUCUUUGAGGUCCUGUGUGCAAGGCCAGCACUGAAUCCAACUCUUCCAAGGGAGCAGGUUAGUCUUGCAGACUGGGCCUUGAAUUGCCAAAGGAGGGGAGCUCUCGGCGACAUCAUCGAUCCGAAUGUCAAAGGAAAGAUCGGUCCUGAGUGCUUGAAGAAGUUUGCAGAGACUGCAGAGAAGUGCUUGUCUGACCAAGGAGUUGAUAGGCCUUAUAUGGGCGACGUGUUGUGGAAUCUCGAGUUUGCUCUCCAAUUGCAGGAGAAUUUUGAGACAGGGAAGCCAGUGACAGCCGAAGCUCCUAGUAGCUUGGAGUCAGCUACCAGCGAUGGUAACUCUGGUAGUCACAGCCCAAUGGUGAUUGGUGGUGGGAGUGAGGUGAGUGUGGACUCAGAUGGCCAAAAUGAUAGCGUGGUGUUUUCCCAGCUCGUCAAUCCAAAGGGGCGAUGAGAAAAUCUCUGACUGCUGCAUGGAUGAAUAGCUUUAACAACUGUUAGUUGGCGUGGCAGUGGCAUUUUGGUUGGUGAUUGCAAAGGGAUGAACAAUAAAAACACUUCUGCCUUUUGGUUCUUUGAAGGGUCUUCCUUGGUUUGGUUGGUUUAUUGUUUGUUCGUUAUGUUAUUUUAAUGAACUAUUUUAUGCAUAAAGGCAGGCUCUUUAAACUGAUGGCAAUCUGUAUCGAAGAGUUCAAGCAAAUGCUCAUCUCUUGAU